AUGCGUACACCAACAAAUUAUUAUUUAUUGAAUUUGGCCUUAUCUGAUUUGAUGAUAUUGAUUUGUAAUUUACCAUUAGAAAUACUUGAAAUUCAUUUUAAAGAAUGGAUAUUUUCAAAACUUUUUUGUAAACUACGAAAUAUAUCUGCUGAAUUUUUUACAUGUUCAUCAAUUUUGACAAUAUUGGCAUUUUCAUGUGAAAGAUAUUUUGCCAUUAUGCAUCCAAUGAAAUUUCAUCAAUUAAGCCAUUUUCGUCGUGCUAUUCAUAUUAUUGUCAUAAUAUGGUUCAUUUCAUUAGCUGUCAGUUUACCGGUGGGACUUUCAUUUGAUGUUGUUGAUAUCAAAAUGAUUUUUAAUAAGGCAACAAAUAGUACAAGAAAUAGUUUUAAUAAUAAUUAUACAAAUAUUCAACCUUUAAUUUGUAAAUCUUGUGUGACGCCAGGAGAGUACAAAAAAAUAUUUCAAUAUAUUGUUAUUGCUGCUUCAUUUGGAUUUUUUUAUAUACCAAUGCUUAUUAUCGGAACAAUCUAUUUGUUAAUUGGAAGAGAAUUAAGACGAGCCAAUAAACAAGAAUCAAUUCAACAACAACAGCAAACAUUUGUAUUGAGAAAGAGUACAUCAUCUAUUAAUAAUAAUAAUAAUAAUACUCAAAAUGAGAAAAAUAAUGGCAGUAGUCCAACAAAUAAGGACAUAAAUACUCCUAGUCAUAAGAGUUCAAUCACUUCGACAUAUUCUGGUGGUAACGUAAAUACACACCCAAUGGUUAAACUCAGUGCAAGAAGACAUGCAAGAAAAGUUAUUUUUAAAAUGUUGGUUGCUGUUGUUAUUGCAUUUUUUGUUUGUUAUGCCCCAUUUUAUUUUCAACGUUUAGUAACAUCUAUCGGCAAUCAUAACGCUACUUCAUCAUUUCAUCGCACAUCAUUGACAAUUUUAUUCAUUACAUCUGGUCUAACAUUCUAUUUGGGUAGCAUUAUUAAUCCAUUUCUCUACAACGUUGUAUCAAAUAAAUAUCGGCAAGCAUUUUUAAAUUUAUUUUUUUGUCAUUCAAAAAAUAGAACAAAUUUUGAUCAAUUGAAUGGUAUUGGCGGUAUAAUUGCUCGUAAAAGAAAAGACGAUAGUUUAAAACUGCAAAAGAGAAAUGGUAGUAGAUCAAAAAAAUUACUUCACCCACCUUUUGAACAAUAUCCACAACAACAACAACAACAGUCUCUCAAUCGUAACCUACCAUCAGAACAAAAUAAGAAAAAAUCGAUGAAUCUUCAUUUUGUAUUUCAACAAGCCACACAUCUAGCGUCAGCAUCAUCACCAAAAAAGCAACCGUUUAAUACAUCAUCUUCCUCAUCUUCAUUGUACAGUUAUCGAAGUUAUAGAAUGGCCCUUAAAACCAAUGAUGUUAAUAAAUCAUUACCUGUAUCAAAGAGAACAAUUUUAAACUCAAAAUUUGAUACGCCCAAAUUGUCAAAAAAAUCUAAUCCUGUAGAAAUAUGA